CAGUUGUAUCUUCAGCAUCAGUGCAGACCAUUUUAUCGUUUCGGACAGUUUAUUUCGUCAAUAAGGAGUGAAAAAUAUUUUUUUCUUCACCACUUGCAGCAACCCCAAAUCCCCCAUAAAUAGAGUUUUCUUUGCGAAGAGCCACAGAGAAAAGUGCUAAAAUAGCCCACAUAGUGUUUUUCUUCACGCAAUCUCUGAAUUUCCGCAGUUGUGAUUUUUUUUGGUAAUAAGAAAAGAUUUUCCGCAACUGAGAGAUGAUGGCCGUGAUUGGGGCGAGUGUUUUGUGUUCAAUUUAGAUGUGCUCUUUUGUUGGAUUUUUAUUACAUAAAAUAAUUAGGAGAAGAAUUUUUAAAAGAAAUUUGUGAAUUAAGGAGCGAGCAACGUUUUUCAUCAGAGACGAAUUUUUCUUCAUCUCUUUGUAUAUAAAAGUAGAGAAUCUUACCCGAAAUUGCAUAUUUGUGUGUGUUGUCCCCAAAAAAUAAAAGCUUCGUGAAGAGGAUUCCUUCUACAUUACAUACAUACUGUCUAUGUGAUAAGAUAUAAUUUGCUGCACUAUUAAGGGAAGGAAAUUAGUGUCUCAGGAAAUGACAAUACCAGCAACUCCCGGGCCAAAGCAAAGUCAUCAAAGUUAAAAGUAGCGAAUGAGGAAGAGGAGCUGUAGGCGUCCUACAUUUUCACUGCAAUGUCAAAGCAAACUGUGAUCUACAAUUUUGAUUUACUGGAGAGUCUUGAGCCCCGGUGCACAGGGGACCGGCAGCGAGGCAGCGAGUCAAAUCCAAGCAGUGAGUACGAGAUCGCGUGAGUGUGUCACGGUAUUUGGGGUAAUUACGGAAGAGGAGGACACGGCCACGGUGAUUGGGGACCGAGGCAUGUUUAUUCCAGACUCGCUGAGGAGCUGCAUGAUCGAGACGGACGUCACAUCUUACCUGCAGACACCAUCCUCAGGACAGGAUGAAUUUCAUCCCUUCAUUGAGGCUCUCCUGCCAUUUGUUAAGUCAUUUUCAUACACAUGGUUCAACUUGCAAGCGGCGAAAAGGAAAUACUACAAGAAGCAUGAGAAGAAAAUGUCCCUCGAGGAGGAGAGGCACUGCAAAGAUGAACUUCAAAAUGAAAAAGCGGAGGUGAAGCAGAAGUGGGCUUCUAGGUUGCUGGGUAAGCUACGAAAAGACAUCACGCAGGAGUGUCGCGAGGACUUUGUGCAGAGCAUAACGGGAAAGAGGCAGUCCAUCUGUGUACUCUCGAAUCCGGACCAGAAAGGAAAGAUGCGUCGCAUUGACUGCUUGCGUCAGGCAGAUAAAGUGUGGCGUCUGGACUUGGUUAUGGUGAUCCUAUUCAAAGCAAUACCACUCGAGAGUACAGACGGAGAGCGUCUAGAGAAGAAUCCCGAAUGUACAAAACCUGGCCUAUGUGUCAAUCCAUACCAUAUAAAUGUCUCCGUUCGAGAACUAGAUCUAUACUUAGCCAAUUUUAUUAAUACUCAUGAUCCAACAACACCACCGAUUUACAAUAACAACAAUAAAAAGGACGACGAGGGGAAGCGUAGAGAAUCUCCCUCAACGGGAUUCACGCACAAUCCGUACAAUGGUGUUGUCUGCAAUGACAUCAUCCUAGCAACAGGAGUCUUCUCGUCCCGAGAGCUCUGGAAGUUGUCCAAAGGAUCCAUCCUGGAUGAUACUGGUGACGGGUCAACGGGACUCCAGAGCAAUGCUAAUAACAUUAAAAUGGAGAACUCAGCACCGUACUACUGCAAUAGUUACUCCCUUUCGUCUGCACCACCAAGCUUGGUAUCUGAUCGCAACCAAGGCUCCUCCAUGGUUGUCUCAAGUGGAUAUAGUAAGGAGUUUUCAGUGCCUGCACAGGAUUUCGAAUUAACAUCUUCUGUGCUGCUUCCAGUUGAUCUGGUGGAUCCACGAGCAAUGCACAUCUCAAAUUCUCCACUGCUUCGGGGUCAAGGGAAGAAUGAUGCCUGCUCAUCACCUCCAGAUGCAUCUAAUACCUUCCCGGUGAUUCUGAGAUCAGGUGAACAACUUGGAUCUGCAACGGGAAAUGCACUACACAACUCCCUACCACUUCAGCGCUAUUCAACUCAUCCACGCUUAGUUGCGGUUGGGCAGGCACGUCCUGAAGAUGUUAUGAUGGCACACGGAGCAAUGGGUGCUCCAGUAACAUCAGCUCCUUCUGCAUUCUACCAACAUAGUCCUGGGGAUGCAUCUGACGUGGCCGCGCAUCAAGAUCACCAUCAACAAACGGAGAAUACGCAACACAAUAAAUAUCCCGAAAAUGGACACGAUACUCUAUCAGAUUUUGUUACGUUUGUUUGCCAGGAAGCUGAGAAUUCCCCGCAGAACGUCCAGGUGCAGCAGGUGCUAUCGCGAAGUCCUAAACCGCAGUAUUCGCAGUAUAGUUCAAUGCUUCCACCACCACCUCUACCACCUAUGGCACGUCCUGUGGCUAUCAUCCGGUCAACUGGAGACCUGACAAUGAUUACAUCACCACCAUCAUCAAUUACGCCGCCCGUUGCAGCGGCCACGACUCUAUCUUCACCCCACCAGGAACAUGAGCCAGGUUGUGCAUCAGCUGCUGAGAUUGGUUCAUCACCACCGCUCAGUCCACAGCUGGAAGCGUCAACACGCAAAUCACUCACGCGAAUUUCUAGUCCUUACUCCCUUGGACGUGAGUACGCUUUCAAUCACUUCCAUAGUCAACCGACGCAACUUUUCAGCUAUGCUAGUGGGCAGUCUGUAGCCUCAUCAACUAUGUCAGGUGUUAUUAGCCCUACGAAUCUUAGUCUGUAUUCGUCUCCCGUUACAACACCUCGAACUACGUCACGUUCACGAUGGAAUGCACCGUUCCUAUUGGAAGAAGACUUUAGUAUGAUUACACAUCCUGUGUCCAAUAAUGCACCUGAAGCUAAUACUGUAAUCCUCAUGGAGGAAGAUCGAUUCUUCCAACAGAGCACAACAUCCGUGGAUGUAAUCGACAAUACAGGUCAUGGGAUAAUUUCUCGUGAUCAAGGAGUAACGUCCUUAAAUACAAAUGUGGAUGUAAAUGUGUCAAAGACCGAAAAUGUCCUCAUUUCGCCAAAAUCAGAGAUACUGUAGUGCAAUUUUGUGGCAUCCAGAGGGAUUUUUCAGCGAAGGAAAAGCCUAAGGUAAUGUGCCUUAGUUCAAAAAAAAACACACACACAUACAGUCAUUAAAAUGAAUUAAAAAAAAAAGUGGGAUAAGAGAUUUUACGCGCAAUUUUUGCAAUUGCAUCCUUUAACACUUAGCAAUAAGAGACUUUCUUCCAUUAAUUACUACAUACUGUAGAGAGUAAAUUUUUUGAUGAAAUUUGCGGGCAAAAAUUAUAGAAAUUUAUUUAUUUUUUAAAUCUUUGUCUUUUUUUCUAUAAUAAUUAUUUAUAAAGAUACAAUAGUUCUGGUUAGUGAAGUAAGAAAAAAAAGAAAUAAAAAUUAAUUGUUAUGGUCAGCAAUUAAUUUGAAAAAAAAAAAGAAUUAUAUAGUGAAAAUUCAAAUUGUGCCCCAAAUUUCUCAAUUAAAUAAAAUAACAAUAACAAGAGAGUGAAGUAAUUAUAAUGAAAAAAAAAAAAACUUUAGAAGUUUAUUUGUGAUUCCAGAGAGCAAUAAAGUUACUCAGAAAGCGAAAUACACUGUAGUAAAAAGAAAACUAUCCAAAUACUCAAGACAACGUAAUCAAAUAAUCUUCAUUAUGGAACUUUUAUCUCCUCAAUUAAACUUAAAAGAAAAAAACAAGAUAAUAAAUUAGAAAUAAUUUUGUGCUUCCACUUGAAAGGACAUUUUUUCUCCCUAAUUUUCUCUCCCCAAUUAUUGUUUUAUUGAGUGGUCAAAAAAGAAAAUAAGUGAAAAAACUUUAGGUACGAGAGCUAACCAAACUUGAAUUAUAAAGGAAAAAAACGAAUUAAAAAAAUUGUAAAAAAUAUGGUGCAAGAAUUAUAUAUUAAAAGAAAAUCUAAGGGAAAAAAUAAAUUUAGUACUGAAUACUAUAUUUACACAAUGUAUGAACCUUAGGGUGGGGGAUGAUCCCUAAGAUUUAGAAAUGUUAAAUACCGUAUUUAAAGAAAACAAAACAAUGAAAGAUUACACUGUGUAGACUAUUAAUACUUUAUAAGGUAGAAUUUACAUACAUAUAAUUACACUUUAUUGAGUUUAAAGAGAGAAGAAAAAAACAAUGAAAAACUAUAAAAAGUGGUCAAUAACUAAGAUUUUUUUCGCGUAGAACAGGGGAGCGUAAAAUGAAGAAGUUUACUAAAAAAAAUUAAAUUAUACUGAAGGAAGCAUUAUUGAAAAAUAUAUAGCCAAAUAUUGCCUUGUAGACUUGGUCAAAAUAUUUACACAUUAUUAUAUUUCGAUGAAGAAAAAAAAUAUUACAAUAACCAUUUACACAAUUACACAAGUUGGAAUUUGAAAAAAAAUAAGGAAAGAGAAGACGUAACGAAAUGAGAGAAAAAAUAAGAUAUUUUAACAAAAUAAAUUUGAGAAAAAAAAAUGAGAAAAGUACCUCGCUAUUUUUCGUAAAUUUCAUAAGAAGAAAUACAAAAAAAAGCCGAAAAAAUACACAAAAAAUGUUUGAAAAAAAAGCUAAUGACAGAGCUAUUUCUCUUGGAAGGCUUCUGGAUGUCAUUUUGGUCAAUUGAAUUAAAAAAAAAUUUGUUCAAGAAACUUUUUCUUUGGCACAAUUCUAAUGUCAUAACAUGAAAGAAUUUACUAAAUAUUCAGACAAUAAUUCACAAGAAAACAAGUCAAUAUGAAUAAUGCUCAAUAUUAUUUUAUUUAUUCCAUACAUUUUUUUAACCCUUUGCGGCAUGUGGGGUAGGACACAACAAUUUGGUUUUUUUUUAUUUCGUUAAGUAAUUUUGUUUGAGAGUGUCAAAACUUACUAAAAGUUGAGAAAAUUGAGAAUAAACAGAUUUUCAGACGAUUAAAAAUUGUCAAACUUUAGGAAAGAAACGUCAAACUUAAAUUAAAAUGUCAAAUGUUGGAAAAAUGUUUUUUUUUUAAUUUAUUUAAUUAAAAACCAAAAACAACUCUGAAUAAAUUUCUGGUUACGCCAAUUUUUCAAAUUCCAUUUUUUACAUUAGAUAAUAUUUGUUUAGUAGUCAGAUCAACCUAAAAUGUCUUCAGAAUCUUCUUAGAUAAUGAAGGAAUUUAUUUCUUAAAGAUGAAGUUGUGCCUAAAGGGAUUAUUGCGCAAUAACAAAACAUAGCUUUGGGGUCAAUUAUGUACCCCUACUUGGUAUACGAAUGGUUAAUCGAAAUUCACAAAUUGAAGGCGGUAACUACCCCAACUUUGUAGUCAAAGGGUUAAGGGAACUUUGAAAGUACACAAGUUAUAACACAUUGCAAUUAAAUGAUUUAAUUUUGAUCAAUUUAGAGUCGUACAUAAAAAAAAAAUUAUUUUAUAACAACUAUCGGUUCUUUCACAUAGAUUUUUAUAAAAAAAUAUUUAAGGACAUAGAAAAUUAUUCAAGGAAUUAUAUUUUUCAACAUAUUAAAAUUAUUUAGAAAAAAGAAUUAUAAAUUGUGCAUUUCUGAAGUUCCAUGUUGUUCUUUAUUCUCACCACAAAUCAUUUUCUUUCACUUUUUGCAAAAUCUUUUUUUUUUUUUAAAUGUGUUUUUUCGUAAUUCUAAAUCACACAAUUUCCCAUUAUUCUUAGAGAAAUUUUUGAAAAACAAAAAAAAGUGUAUUUUCUCUCUUUCGUCAACUAUUAUGAAAAAAAAAGAAGCUUCAUAAAAUAAUGGAGAGAGUAUAAGGAAAUAAAUUUACUUAAAUAUAUAUACACACAAAUAUAAAGACUGCUCAGUAUAUUUAAACUCUAAAAAAAAUGAUGAAAAUAUUGUAAUAAAAAUGUAGAAAAGAAAAUGAUAAUGCUUAAAUUAGAACAACGAAGGAAGAAGAAACGUUGCCAAGAGUAGGUUUUUAUUUGUUAAAAAAAAAUUCUGCAAAUAGUGAGGAAAAUCUGGUCAAUUUUCCUUACACAAUUUCCCAGAAUAAUUACACCACCCAUUGAUGACAUUGCUGCUACAUAAAAUGUAAGCAGAACAGUGCGAUGAUUUUUUUUUAUUUAGAAAGAUUUUUUGGGCAUUUUUUGUUGACUUUUCGUUGUGAGUAAAAAACAAAAAAAAACUCACCUAGAAAUGGUCAUUCUGAGUGUGAAAAAUAUUAAUGAAAACAUGAAAACUCAACAGAAAAUAUAUAUUUUAGUGGUUAUAUGUAAUACAUCACAAAAUUCCCAAAAAGUUGUUUUUGUUUUCUUUUUGAAAAGAACAAAAAUUCUAUAUUAAAUUAUUUUAGGUCAAUUUAAUGAAAGAAAAAAAAUUAAGAAAGUUCUCAAUUUUAAGGAAAAUGUAAGAAGAAAGUUUAAUAUUAAAACCAAGAUUUUAAAGAAACAGAGGAAAUCCUAGAAAAAGAAAACAAUAUAAACUCUAAAAAAAGAAAGAAAAAAAACCCAAAUUUACUAAGAAAACGAAAAAAGUGCCAAGCGCUAUAUAGGUUGUAGGUUUAAUAAAUUAAUAACUCAUUAUAAUUAAAAGAAAAAAAAGAAUAAACAAUGAAAUUAAUUACACAAUGUGAUGGUCAAAUAAGAGAUAUUACAAAAAUAUUGCUUUGUUAAUGAACUCAAUUAGGAAUUUUAAGGAAAUGUGGAAGUUACUGCGAAAGGACAAAAAAUUGGUUGAAAUAAUUUUGAUGAAGAAAAAAAUGAAAAAAAAGAAAACGUGGUCAAACUAUAUUGGUAAAAUACCUUUAAAACUCCCUCGUGGUCAAAAGAAAACCCCACAAAAUUGACGAGAAAAGAAAAAAAGAGAAUCAAAAAGUGUGAGAGAUUAAUAAAAUUCAAUGAAUAGAAAA